AAGCUGCGUCAAUCGAUGACUAUCAUUUCAAUUGGCGACGAUCGAGACCGCAUUGAGCGAAUGCAACUACUGUUGUCCAGCACCGACGAGCACUUGCCAGCACAACUGACAGCCGAGUACGACUGCUUGGAUCUGUUCGCUUGUUUAGGUGAAAUGCUGCUGUCAAAACGAGGUGUUCAUCCAGCUGGCUACAUUCAAGUGUGUAAAGAAUGCAAUGUCAGUUUGGUGAAGCAGUUGGUGCCAAAAUUUACAAUCAAGAAUGGGUUUUAUGUCGGUUCACUACCGAGUCAUCUCCUCAGCGCCACGCUACCGGAACGCCUGAUGACACAUACUGUCUCGAUCAUUGCAGUGACCCGGGUUAUGCGUGGCGGUGCGCAUCGCGCGAUCCGCUCACAUUGUCUUGCCUUCGACUCGACGCCGGGACCUGCUGCGACGCUGUUGCCCACAUUCAUUAGCAACAUUAACUGUUAUCGAGUCGUGAUGGCGGGCCUGUUCACUACCUAACAACAAGCGCGCGUUCGGCAAAUGGACCUCGUUCGUCGUCAAGUGGUUGAAGAUUUACUGGCCUUCUACUGUGAACACAACGCGCUAUAUGAGGACGUUGUCGUGAAUUGCUCAGGUCUCGCAGCUGAAACGGUGGCCGAGAACUUGAUUUCCGAAGAGACCAGCGUCAACGUUGAUGUCAACGAUGUCGACGGCGAUAGCGAUCGAGUUGGCAGUGCCACUGAGAUUGGUGAGACUGUUGGAGAGACUGAUGUCGUAGAGCAUAGCGUGGUGUUCAUCGCGGAAGACCGCGAAGUCACAACGCAAGACACAGCAACUCUAGUUCAAGUUGUUGAGUUACCGACCCAACACACAGCACAACCUCAGUUUCUUGUUCGACACUCGAGUCGAUUUGCUGGCAAGAAGAACUUGCUGUUCGCGCGCAUGUUCCCGCACCUCUUUCCGUAUGACGAGCUGUUCACACUGGUGAGUUUUGAUCACCUCACUCUCCAGCGGAUGUACCUUCAUGUUGCACUAAAAUGCCAACGCGAUCCUACCCGAUUCGAGCGAUACAGCGCCAUCUCCGAAGGCUCGUUGCUAGAAGCGCUUCAAAACAAAAAGCUGCAUCGCCAAGGUAGAGCGACAGUGACUCACGAUGACAGUUCCACCGAUAGCGACUUCUUGAAAACAGUUGAGCUCAGCACAGGUGUCAUUUGGGGUAGUGACGCCGAGCAGGAACAGUGCCGCCGUCGGGCAUUUGCCUAUCAGGCCAGGUACGUCCAGCCCGCUCUCUUUGUGACGCUCACCCCCAACGUUGGCGACUCGUUUGUUAUGGCGCACUACGCGGGCAUCUCGUCAGUCGACACACUCUUCGACGCUAAUCUGGCUCAGCUACCCAGACGCUCAGCACUCCAAAAUGCAAGCCUACGCAAUGAUGUCGCGUCCGCUCGUUUGUUCAUGCACAAUAUGAACGCUUUUAUCGAGCAUGUGCUCGGCAUACCUCCUACGAAAAUGAAGACCAAGGCUUUUGACGGACUCUUUCGUGAUGUGAAAGCUUACUUUGGUGUGGUGGAAACCCAGGGCGGCGGCACAUUGCAUGCUCACUUCCUCGUUUGGCUCACUGAUGCGCCGCCCAGCACUGACGCGUUUAAUAGCAUUGUCAGUACUUCGUUGCCGCUUGACGUCGCAGUGAACUGUCAGUUUUGUGGACACUCACUUGAAGGCUUGCUAGCACUGUCGAUACCACGUGAAGCGUACGAGAACCCCAACGCUGGUCGAAGCAAUGCUCAGGGAGAGCCACUGUUCGUUCGGUGUCCUCAAUGUGCCACCAAAAUGAGCUCUCAGCACGUGCUUCGACGCAUUAUUCUCCAGCAACGACCUCCGACAUGGCCGCCACCACUACGAACGUAUUCUUCGGAGGAGCUCAAAACAGCCGUGCAAAUGGAAAUCAGUUGUCGAGGCAGUGUUGGUGCGGCAAAGGCUGCCGCCUUUCGUCGAGACAUGAUUUUAGCAACCAGAGACAGCGUCGACGACACGUACGGAGAGCACUUGCGUACACUGAAUGCGGUGCCGUACCGCAGCGAACAACGUGGAGACAACGCCUUCUCCGACGACAAAGUAGCUCAAUCCAUCAUGAUGUUGCCGCCCUCGGUCGACGACGAGCGCUGGACGCCAAACGCUACCGCGUUCGCGGUGUCAAUGCUCGUGUUCAUGCUGAACAUCCACUGGUGGUCGCACGUCGGAAGCUGCUUCUAA